AUGGACCCCUUGCUGGAGAAACAAGAAGAAAUGGUCCAGGCAGCAGUAUUAUACCCCCUGGAAUGUUAUUUGUUUGGGGAAGACCCAGAUAUAUUCCUGGAGAAACUACAACAGAGUGGAACCUCUCAGCUCUGUGGGAAGGUGUUCAAAGGAGGGGAGACAACAUACUCUUGCAGAGAUUGUGCAGUUGAUCCAACUUGUGUACUCUGUAUGGACUGCUUCCAGAAUAGUAUUCACAAGAACCACCGGUACAAGAUGCAUAGCUCCACUGGAGGCGGAUUUUGUGACUGUGGGGAUACAGAGGCAUGGAAAUCUGGACCUCUGUGUACUAAACAUGAGCCUGGAGCAUCAGGCUCUGCAAAAGAAAAUUCUGAAUGUCAGUUGAAUGAAGAAAUUAUGGAGCACUCUAGGAGGGUGUUUCCCUCUGUGAUAAAGUACAUUGUAGAUAUGCUUAUAUGGGAAGAGGAGAAGGAACUGCCUCCUGAGCUCACAAUUAGAGAGAAGGUAGACAGCUACUACUGUGUCCUUUUCAAUGAUGAACAUCAUUCUUAUGAUCAUGUCAUCUAUAGCCUGCAAAGGGCACUUGGCUGUGAACUUGGUGAAGCCCAGCUACAUACUACUGCCAUAGAUAAAGAGGGUCGUCGAGCUGUUAAGGCAGGACAUUAUGCCUCUUGUCAGGAAGCAAAAGAAGAAAUCAAGAGGCAUUCUGAAAAUGUUUCUCAACGACCACUUCAUGUGGAGGUUCUACAUGCAGAUGUUAUGGCUCACCAGAAGUUUGCCUUGCGCCUUGGUUCUUGGCUGAAUAAACUCAUGAGCUAUUCAAGUGACUUUCGCCAGAUCUUUUGUCAAAUAUGUCUCAAAGAAGAACCUGGAUCUGAAAAGCCGUGCUUCAUAAGCAAGUUGAUGCUGUGGGAUGCAAAACUUCACAAAGGGGCAAGGAAGGUUCUUCAUGAACUUAUCUUCAGUAGUUUUUUCAUGGAAAUGGAAUACAAAAAACUUUUUGCUGUGGAAUUUGUAAAGUAUUACAAGGUAUUGCAAAAAGAAUACAUCAGUGAUGAUCAUGACAGAGUUCUCUCUGUGACAGCACUCUCAGUUCAGAUGUUCACCGUACCUACUCUGGCCCGACAUCUUAUUGAAGAACAAAAUGUAAUCACCACCAUUACAGAGACACUCCUAGAAGUGCUUCCAGAGUACCUAGACAAAAAUGACAAGUUCAACUUCCAGGGUUACAGUCAGGACAAACUGAACCGGGUAUAUGCAGUAAUAUAUGACCUCAGGUAUGUCUUAGUCAGCAAGCCUACAGUAUGGACAGACCGUUUGAGGGAGCGGUUUUUAGAAGGAUUUGUUUCUUUCCUAAGGAUUCUAACUUGCAUGCAGGGAAUGGAGGAGAUAAAAAGGCAGAUUGGUCAGCACAUUGAGGUGGACCCUGACUGGGAAGCAGCUAUUGCUAUACAAAUGCAGCUCAAGAACAUUCUUUUGAUGUUCCAGGAGUGGUGUGCCUGUGAUGAAGAGCUGUUGCUCAGGGCCUACAGAGAAUGUCAUAAAGCUGUGAUGAGGUGCAGCACAAAUGGCCGCUCACGGGAAAAGACCGUGUUUCACUUGUGUGGACAUACUUUGGAGAGCAGACCUUACAGAGUGUCUUCAGAUCCUGUCAGCAUACAUUUACCGCUGUCUAGGACUCUUGCUGGUCUUCAUGUACGAUUAAGCAAGACUGGAGCCAUCUCAAGAUUGCAUGAGUUUGUUCCUCAUGAAGAAUUUCAAGUGGAGCUGCUAGUGGAAUAUCCUUUGCGAUGUCUUGUCUUGGUUGCUCAGGUUGCUGCAGAGAUGUGGAGAAGAAAUGGACUCUCUCUGAUAAGCCAGGUAUUUUAUUAUCAAGAUGUUAAAUGCAGAGAAGAGAUGUACGAUAAAGAUAUCAUUAUGCUCCAGAUAGGUGCAUCUCUUAUGGAUCCAAACCAGUUCCUCCUGCUGAUACUGCAGAGAUAUGAGCUUGCUGAUGCUUUCAAAAAGAUGAAGCCCACCAAAGAUCAGGACUUGAUCAAACAAUGUAACAUAUUGAUAGAGGAGAUGCUACAGAUUCUCAUUUAUGUUGUGGGGGAACGAUAUGUGCCUGGAGUGAGUAAUGUGACAAAAGAAGAUGUUAUCAUGAGAGAAAUCAUCCAUCUAUUAUGUAUUGAACCGAUGGCUCACAGUGCAAUUACUAAGUCCUUGCCUGAAAACGAGAACAAUGAAACUGGCUUGGAGAAUGUAAUUGAUAAAGUGGCUACGUUUAAGAAACCGGGUGUGUCUGGCCAUGGAGUUUAUGAACUGAAAGACGAAUGCUUGAAGGAGUUCAAUAUGUUCUUCUAUCACUAUACCAAGACCCAGCACAGCAAGGCUGAGCAUACACAAAAGAAAAGAAGAAAACAAGAAAACAGAGAUGAAGCAUUGCCACCACCUCCUCCUCCAGACUUCAGCCCUGCAUUCAGCAACGUGGUGAGGAUUCUGAACUGUGAUGUUAUGAUGCACAUCGUGCGAACCAUUCUUCAGAGAGCAGUAGAACUGGAAACCCACUUGUGGACUGAAGCUAUGAUUCAAAUGGUGCUUCAUCUCCUUUCUUUAGGGCUACUAGAAGAGAAGCAGCAGUUACAGAAGUCUUCAGAAGAAGAAGUGACCUUUGAUUUUUAUCACAAAGCAACACGAAUGGGAAGCUCGGCCUUGAAUGCUAUGAGUGUGUUAAUGCUUCUGGAAAAAUUAAAGAGAGUUCCUCAGUUAGAAGCGCAGAAGGACACUGUCAGUUGGAUACUACAGAUGUUUGACACAGUGAAAAGACUGAGAGAAAAAUCUAGUUUGACAACAGUAGCAGCUACAUCAGGCUCAGAAGCUGCAAAAGGUGAUGAGACCCAGAGCACUCAGGAUAAAGAGAAGGCUGAGCGGAAGAGAAAGGCAGAAGCAGCUAGGUUGCACCGUCAGAAGAUAAUGGCCCAGAUGUCUGCACUGCAGAGGAAUUUCAUUGAAACCCAUAAGCUCCUGUAUGAAAACACACUGGAGGCACAGGGGAAAGAAGAUGCUAUUAUGGAGGAAGAAAGCAUGUCUUCGGCAAUUGAUUACUCCAGAAUUGCUUUGGGUCCUAAACGAGGUCCGUCUGUUGCUGAGAAGGAAAUUCUGACCUGUAUUCUUUGUCAGGAGGAGCAGGAAGUAAAGCUGGAAAGUGAUGCCAUGGUGUUAUCUGCCUGUGUCCAGAAAUCAACUGCCUUAACUCAGAAUAGGAGCAGAGCUCUUGAACUCUCAGGGGAUACGGUAGAUCCUCUGUUCAUGCACCCUGACUUACCCUGCGGGACGCACACAGGAAGCUGUGGCCAUGUGAUGCACGCAGCCUGCUGGCAGAAGUACUUUGAAGCCAUGCAGCUGAACUUUCGACAACGUCUGCAUGUUGAACAGAUAUUUGACUUGGAGAAUGGAGAGUAUCUUUGUCCACUUUGCAAAUCACUGUGCAAUACUGUGAUUCCUAUCGUUCCAUUGCAGGCUCAAAAAAUAAACAGUGAGGAUGCAGAGGCAGUAGCUCAAAUUCUGUCCCUGGCUAGGUGGCUGGACAUUAUCGUAGUCAGGAUAUCGGGCUACAGUGUGAAAAAUGCUAAAGGAGAGAAACCAAAUCUUCCAGCUUUCGCCAACAAGGGUAUGGGGAACUCUGCUUUGGAAUUCCAUUCCAUCCUUAGUUUUGGAGUUCAGUCCUCAGCCAAAUACUCAAGCAGUAUCAAGGAGAUGCUUAUUCUCUUUGCCACCACCAUUUAUAGAGUCGGGCUAAAAGUUGCUCCGAAUGAAGCUGAUUACCGGAUUCCUAUGAUGACCUGGAGCACGUGUGCUUUUACCAUCCAGUGUAUCGAAAACCUCUUGGAAACGGAGGGCAAGCCUUUAUUUGGAUCUCUACAAAAUAGACAGCACAGUGGCCUUAAAGCAUUAGUGCAGUUUGCAGCUGCUCAGAGAACAACAUCACCCCAGGUCCUGAUUCAGAAACAUCUGAUUCGUCUUCUAGGAGUUCUUCUACCAAACUUUAAAGCAGAGGACACUCCAUCCCUCUUAGAAGUUGAUAUGUUCCACGUUUUGGUGGGAGUUGUGUUAUCCUUUCCAUCUUUAUACUGGGAGGAUGCUGUAGACUUGCAACCUUCAUCAAUUAGUUCAGCCUAUAACCACCUCUACCUCUUCCAUCUGACAACACUGGCACACAUAACACAAAUCGUCGUCUCUUCAGCAACAGAAUCCACUUCUGCGCGAUCAUCUGACAACAGUGAGGAGGCAAGAUCUGCGCAGUCUUUCUGUAAAGAGAUUUGCCAGUACACCAGUGGUUGCUUUAGUCAGGAUAUCCCAGGCUGGCUUGUGUGGGAUCGUGUUAAAAAAGGCAUCAUGCCUUACCUUCGUUGUGCUGCUUUAUUUUUUCAUUAUUUGCUGGGAGUUUCUCCACCUGAGGAGCUACUACAAGUUUCUGAAGAAGGGCAAUUCAAGGCACUUUGUAGUUACCUCUCUCUACCUACCAAUUUGUUCCUGCUCUUCCAGGAAUACUGGGACACAGUAAAUCUACUGCUCCAAAGGUGGUGUGCUGACCCAGUGGUGUUAAGUUGUUUGAAGGGGAAAAGCAUUGCAAUAAGGUAUCCUAGGAAAAGAAAUAGUUUAAUAGAGCUUCCUGAAGAUUAUAGCUGCCUUCUGAACCAAGCCUCUCAGUUUAGAUGCCCGCGGUCUUCUGAUGAUGAACAAAAACAUCCAGUAUUGUGUUUAUUCUGUGGGGCUAUGUUGUGUUCCCAGAAUACUUGCUGCCAGGAACUGGUGAAUGGGGAGGAGCUGGGAGCCUGUACUUCUCAUGCUCUUCAGUGCGGAGCUGGAGUCUGUAUGUUUCUCAAAAUCAGGGAAUGCAAAGUUGUCCUCAUUGAAGGCAAAACCAGGGGCUGCUUAUAUCCUGCUCCCUACUUGGAUGAAUAUGGAGAAACAGAUCCAGGUCUGAAAAGAGGCAAUCCCCUGCACUUAUGUCGGGAGCGUUACCGGAAGCUCCAUCUGCUGUGGCAGCAACACUGCAUCAUAGAGGAGAUUGCCAGGAGCCAAGAAACGAAUCAGAUCAUCUUUGGAUUCAACUGGCAACUGCUCUGAGUCUCUUGAUUUUUAGUGAAAACUCUUACCUUUAGCAGUGCUUUGGGAAAGGAAAGAAGGGUAGCAGUAAAUAAUCUACUCUCGAGUGGAUUCCGUAGUUCAGACACAAUUGAUGGAUUCUCUGGGUUGGAUGUAUUACUGAUACAUCGAAACAGAAUCUCACCUCAUAUGUUUUGCUCGUUUUUUUUUUCCCCUCCAAAAAAAAGGAAAACCCCAAUAUAUAAUUAUUACUGAACAUUCAGGUCCAGAAAUAUUUCCACUUUUUUGAUAAGUUGUAAUUGUUUCACAUGUUUUGAUGA